CUGGUGUGCCUUCUUAAUAUUGAUACGUUUAGUCUAUGAUUCGUGACCGAGAAUCGAGAUCGGAAACUGCUCGGAGUAGAAACAGGCAUCAACUAGUUCGACCUUAAAAGUCAUUUGGCGUUGACGAUUUAUUCACAUUUUGUAGGCAAAAAUCUGUGAUAAUUCGGUUACGUGUACUUCCAGCUGAAAUAACAUGUCGGAUACGAGACGACGACGAAAAUCUAAUCAGUCUUGUGGUUCAGAUGACCUCUCGGACUCUUGUGAAGAAUUAAACGCAACGAAAGAAACCCAGAGCAGCGAACAAACUGAUGGUCAUCAGGAUUCAGAAUGUGAUAUUUAUCCUUCUGAUUCUGAUGCUGAAUCACAAGAUGGUGCAUUACGGGAAAGCGGUGAUGGCCAAGAAGAGGAGAAACCACAGAAGAAGUUGGAUGAUGAUGAAGAUAGACGUAAUCCACAAUAUAUUCCUAAGAGAGGAACAUUUUAUGAGCAUGAUGAUAGAACUACUGAUGAAGUAACAGAUAGUGCUGCUGAGUCACAAAAUGAGAGAGAAACCAAAGAAAAGAAAGUGUGGAAAGAUAAAGAAGAUAAGUGGGAUCAUGACCGAUAUAAUGAUGAGGAACAGGCACCAAAGAGCCAUGAAGAAUUAAUAGCUGUUUAUGGUUAUGAUAUAAGAAAUGAAGAGGGUCCACCCAGAGCUAGAAGAAGAAGAAGAUAUGGUCGUGGUCCUAAUAAGUAUACACGUAAUUGGGAAGAUGAAGAUGCAUAUGGAAAACCUGGAAGUAAUGUAUCGAGUAGAAAUAGAAGGUUUAAUAGAAGUGGUGAAGAUUUUCCUGCUUUAGGAACAAAUAAAAAUGCUUCCACACAUGUAGAAGAACCAGUAAUCUCAUCAGCUUGGUAUAGUAGUAAAAAUAAAUCACAGAGUAAAGUACAAAAUUUUCCACCUCUACAAGCUCAGAGUGAUAGCCCAAAAACAAAAUCUAACAAUACAUCUAAUACUCAUACGAAUGAAAAUAAAGCUCCUAAUGAGCCAACAAAUCCAGCGUGGAAAAAGGAUACUAGACAUUCACCUCAUACACAGAGUAGUAAUGGAAAUAGUGGUGCUGGUGGUGAUGCAGAUAAAUUAGUUAAUACAAAAACAUCUCCAAGAGAUAACAACAAGAGGAACAUUCAAGAGUCUGUAAGCUUGGCAGCGAGUAGAACUCGUGGACGUGGAUUCAGAACAAACGCUAAUAACAAUAUGGUCACUAAUAGAACGGUUGAGACCAAACCAAAGGGACGUGGUGCAGGACCAAUUACUGCUGAGAACAGAAGAAAUAAUACUACACAAAAUGAUGAUGAACAACAAAUUACUCAUGAUAUGAAACAUGUUAACAUUAAUGAUGGCACUCAAUAUCAUCAGAGUGCAAGACAUAACAAAAACUUCUAUGGACAAUCUUCAGUGCAACAGAGGUCAGGGACAGUACCUCCAAGAAUGCAACAACAAUCUCAUUCACAACAGCAACAGCAAUCACAACAGCAGCAACAACAGUCUAUUCAGCAACAGCAAGAUGGUUCUGCUAAUAGGCCAAAGCGUUAUUCCAGUUUACGGCAGCGACCGACUAUUUCGGAUAAUCCAGGUCAACAAACUUAUCCACCACAACAUGGGCAACAUGGGCAACACAGUCAACACAAUCAACACAAUCAACACAAUCAACAUAAUCAGCACAACCAACAUAGUCAACACGGUCAGCAUGGAUAUUUCCCUCCUCAAGGGUAUCCGCAAGGUCAUUUUGAACAAUCCACACCUGUUGCCACUGCAGCAGCACCUAUGGCUGGGCAACCUGUGAUCCCUAUACCACCUAAUGGUCAACCUGCAAGCUAUGCUCCACCACCAUUUUUAGUACCUCCACCACAGUUUAUUUCCCCACAGGCUGCACCUCCUAGUAUAAUUAAUUAUGUUCCUGGUCCGAAUGGACCAGCAUUUCAACCAAACUUCCAAGGUUAUCAAGGGUAUAGUCCACCAGUGCAGCCACAGCGUCCUCCACCACCACAAGAAUUGUUUCAACCACAAGGUUGUACUUAUUAUAGUCCAGCACAACAACAACAACAACAACAACAAUCGGCUCCACUGAGACGACCGAAGGCAGCUAUUCCAAUACUUCCACCACCGGAAAAUCAACAUCAGACCGGUCGAGGAAGAGGUAGAAAUACACAACAGCAACAAACUAAUCAACCCGGAAAUACUCAACAGACUGAACAAGAAGUUAAAAUUGAUUCGGUUGAAGGUGAUCAAAAGAUUGUGCCCGAACAGUUUGAUAACUCGCAAGUCGAAGACGUUUCAGAAGUUCAAGAAACACAAAAAGUUGAAGAUUUAAGUGCAAUAACAGAUACUGUGGUUGAGAAUACCGAGAAAGAUAUUAAAAAUCUUGAUAAAGAUGCACCUGUGAAUUUAGAAGAUACAACUACAGAUCAGAUACAGUUAGAUGAUAUAAGUGCUAAUGAUUUAUCGAAGGUUACUAUCAAUGAACAAGAUAUUAUUCCGCUUAAAUCUCCGCAAGCAGUCAUUGAAGAGACUGAAAAUGAUUCAAACAUAAUUGAAAGCACCACGACUGAAAGUACAGCUGUUGAAGAAGCAGCAGCUUGAAAAAAUAUC